AUGUUAUUUCAUGUUCAGGCUGCGGAAAGUUAUGUCCAUUCAUCCUUUCAAGAUCAAAAAAAUUCAUUCAAUAAAACUCCUAGAGAAGUGUUUACAGAAGAACACAAGGAUUUAGUUAAAGAAGGUGAAAAAUGGAUGAAGGGUACUGCUUCAUCAUGCACUCUUGUAGCAGCACUGAUAAUCACAGUAGUGUUUGCAGCAGCUUUUACUCUACCAGGGGGCAUCAAUAAUGACAGCAUACCCAAUUUCUUGCACGAAAUACCUUUCAUAGUCUUUGCUAUAUCAGAUGAGCUUGCACUCUUUUCUUCUACAGCAUCAAUGCUAACGUUCUUGAGAAUCCUCACUUCAAGUUACUCAGAAGAUGAUUUUUUGGAGUCAUCGCCAAAGAAGUUAAUGGUUGGCCUUAUGACCUUGUUCUUUUCAAUUGCAAGCAUGAUGUUUCCUUUCUUGGUCGAUAUAUUUAUAUCCACUUAUAGGCCUACUAUUCGCUUCAACCGCAAUCAAGCAAUUGAGGAUGUAUGA